CUGCGCAUCCCUCUGUGUCACAUGAUUUAACAAGUGCAGUGUAUUACUAAGCAGCCCACAACACCACGGACACAGAAAAAUACCGCUGGAGCAGACUCCAACUCCAGAUUUGUGAGAGCAGUUGCUGUGAACUCAUCAGACAUGAAGUUCUUCAGACGUUUCCUCUUGCGUUCCUCACAAAGGAAUAAUGAAGGCAGAAUGGGACCGCUGAGAAGAAACAGCAGAGGAACUGGACCAGUUGGGGCUGAAACACCAGAAAAACAGCCUGCCGAGCCAAGUACUCUGAAAGGAAAAUUCAUAAAAGCGCACUUUAAGUUACCCUCCUUUGGAAAGAAAACGAAAGACACAAUCGAGGCCAAACAAAUCGAGCCAGUGGUUCUAACAUUUGAAGAGAACCUAGAGCAGGGGCAUCUUUCCCAGGCUGGAAAGCAGCUGAUCCAACAGGAGGAGCACCUGUUUGGAAGGGAAAUAGGGAAGGAGGAGAGGGAGAGUACUGAAAACAAGGAAAAACUUGAGAUAGAUUAUGAGGCCCUUCACAAGCAUAUGUGGCUGUCAGUGGACUGUUCACUGAGUGCUGGGGCAGAGGAGCUCGAGGGCCUGAAAUCGGCAGUGAGAUGCAUCCAGCAAGAGGAAGAACAGGACAGGAGGUGGUUGCAGGAUCCUGGGGCAUUUUGCCCUGUGUGGAGGCCCAGGCAUUGCAGACGAACCCACGAUGCCCUGCUUGAGAAAAUGGUGAAGAAACGGAUGAAUGAACUUGAGGGGGUGAUCGGUGGGGACAACCUGUCUUCCUUGAAGAGGGAUAUCUGUAAGAUGGGCUUACGGGUGAAAGAGGACCUGCUGAAGGUGGCACGGGACCUGAAGAACUGCUACCCUGAGGAGUUUGACAUCUGCAACGUGUACACCAGAUUGUAUCAUCAAGCCUUUUCAAAACGUUUAAUAAAGAUAUCCGAGUUUGAACUGGAUAUAGAUGACUCUGCUUACCUCCUGUCCUGGGUGAAUGGUUACUAUCCAAAUGAAAUUUUAAAACACCCUGAACUCAAAGAGGUGAUUGACUGCAACUCACUGCAAGAUCUGUUGCCUGUGGAGGUGACUAGAGCUUUGGAGGACCAGUAUCUCUCAGACAAAGAGACAAAAGUGAAGACAUGGGUCUCCACUGCCCUGAGGAAACAAGAGGAGGCUUGGCUGAGUGGAGCUCUGCCUGAACUUAUAGAAGAAUAUUACUGUUCCAUUUCCAUUGAUGUCAUACAGUGUGUUGAUAUGGCCGUGAAUGAUGCCAGGAGUAUAGUGGGUGAGCCACACAGAGCCCAGCAGAUCAUGUGCCAGAUGAAGUGCUUCCUAAUGAGCUAUAAGAAAUCCCUGGAAGAUUUUCUGAAAGGAAAGCACGGAAACACCGAAGCAGUGAUAAAGGCUAACUUAGCCAGCCUUGAACAAUUUGAAAACUAUAUUGCCAAAGAGAGUGAUUUCUUCGCAGAAGAGACAAGAACAGGCUGCUUAUCACUCGUGAACGCCAUGAAAGACUGUGGCUACCAGUAUCUCUCCAAUAUCAUACAUGCAAAUAUGAAGGUCCGGUACCGUAAGCUGGGAACCCCGUCCUGGCUCACAAAGAACAGCGAUGUCAUGAGGGACCUUCUGGAAGGGCUGAGGGGGCACAUUGAGAAAUCCAGGGAUUUGAAGCCCAGCUGCCUUGAGGUGCUGAUUGGUCGGCUGCACAGCGACGUGAUUGUGGAGUAUGUGAAGAGGCUGCUGAAGAGGAAACUGAGGCUGAAGGAUAAAGGGCAGCAGGAGACAGCUGCCAGCCUGCUGUGUGAGGACAGCGAGAAACUACAUACACUGUUCACUGAGGAGGGUUCUAAAAAAGAGGAGCUGAGGCACAUUCUCCCAAAGAUAGCUGAAGUGCUGAAGAUACAGGACCCAAGUAUCAUCCAGCUGGAGAUUGUUACCUUUGCUCGGGACUUCCCUGACCUCAGUGACCGCCACGUGUCUGCGCUGCUCCACCUUAAGACGACCCUUUCCACCUCCAACAUCAAGAUGAUCAAGGAGAGCCUGUCGGAGAACCGAAACCCACUCACCUCCCACGACACCAGGGAGUUCUUCUCCAGAAUUCCAAUCAAGUGGACCGUGCUCGCCCACUGAGGCCUUGCAAUUUCAAAGCCUUCAGGUUUGAUCUUGCACAUUCUCCAGUUCACUCAGGUAUAUCUUCAGUGCCAUUCAGCCUAGCUGUGACAAACCACACACAGGGAUCCUAAAUGGACAGGAAUGCUCCUGAUUGUCACAUAGUGCUAGGAAAGGCCAACAUUUGCCUUUCCACUUCAUAUGUGUCACACUGUCUCAAGGCAUGCAGUCCGUGUGGAAUGUUUGCUCACUUUCAUUUGGAGUCUACCUUUAAUACUUACUGGAGUAUAUCAUAAUGCCAUGCCAGUACAUAUGUAGGCAUUUAAUCCUGCGUAUAAAGCUAUUCUGGGUCAUUGCUAAUUUACCUGUACUGUAUGUCCACCUGCUACUGACUGCAGUCAUGCAAAUUUCAGCAAUUUUAUCAGUGUUGUAAAAAAUGAUCAAAAUAUUGAGGUGGCACAUUUUUCAUAAAGGGGCUAACUGCAGCCUGUUACAUAGUGUUCUUAUUUUGUUCUUGGUUGUAGUUCCCACUCCUUAUGAGUUUCUAUCAGUCUAUGGGUGCUGUGAUAUGAUAUUGUCCUGAGCUGAGGUGCCAGUGUUAUAUAUUGGGUAAGGAGCCGGUCUUGUAACCUUCGAUUCCUGGCUAGAACAAUGUCGUUGUAUCUGUGAGCAAGGUAUUUAACCUGCUUUGCUUCACUGUAUAGCCAGCUGUAUAAAUGGGUGCUAUGUAAAAAGUUGUGUAAGUCGCGCUGGGUAAGAGCGUCUGCUAAAUGCCUGUAAUGUAACAAAGGCUCUGUCUGGUCUGGAGAGAUUGCUUGGGCCACCAUCAAGGGUUUGUUAAGGGAUUUUAUGUAUAUGUUGUAUAUACUCAAAGGUCUGUACAGUGUUAUUAUAUUUCUUGCUUUGUUUGCUCUAUUUUUUAUUUUCUUGCUAUGUGAAGCUCAUAUUGUCUUUAUGGUACUUUUCUGUUUUUUUUACAAUUAAAUAAAUUAUCACAAAAAAAUAUAAA